UGCUGAGGAUGAGGAGGUGGCCGUUGAUUGAAGCUGCAAGGAAGGAAGGAAAACGAGCGUUCUUUGUCGGUGUGCGCGUAUUCAUUGAUGGGAAAGAGGGGGCUGACAGGAGCCAGUUUCUCCAGUGUGUUUGAGGGAGCAGAGGAGAGACUUGUGCUGUGUUUUGAGCUGAUGAAAAUUUUAGAGCAGAAAAUGAUGGGGAGCUGUCUGAUGCUCAUAUUUCUGUGCUAUAUGGGACAACUCAUCACCUCUGAUCUUGUAAAUAUGAGGUUGGUUGAUGGUCACAGUCGCUGUGCUGGUCGAGUGGAGGUUCUUCACAGAGGUCAGUGGGGAACAGUGUGUGAUGAUUUCUGGGAUAUGGCUGAUGCUGCAGUGGUGUGUAGAGAGCUGGACUGUGGAGAACCUGUAGAUGCUCUGGGUGAUGCUCAUUUUGGACCAGGAUCAGGACCAAUCUGGAUGAGUUAUGUCAGGUGUACUGGAUCAGAAUCUAAACUGAAGAACUGUGGGUCAGGAGGAUGGGGUAAACAUUACUGUGGUCACAAUAAAGAUGCUGGAGUCAUCUGCUCAGGAGUCAAGCUGGUUGGAGGUUCUCGCUGUUCUGGGAGGUUAGAGAUCCUUCAUAAUCAGACGUGGAUGUCGGUGUGUGAUGCUGUCUUUGACCAGCAAGAUGCAGAGGUUGUGUGUAGAGAGCUGGACUGUGGGGCUCCUGUACAGGUGCUGGGAGCAGCUGCUUUUGACAAAGGAGACGCUCAGAUGUGGACACAAGAGAUUCAGUGCAGAGGAAAUGAGUCUCAGAUUCACCUCUGUCCAACAUCUCCAUCACAUGAAAACAAUUGUUCUCAUAACAGUGAUGUUGGUCUGGUGUGUGCAGAGCGUGUGAAUGUGAGGUUGAUUGGUGGUCACAGGCACUGUGCUGGUCGAGUGGAGGUUCUUCACAGAGGUCAGUGGGGAACAGUGUGUGAUGAUAGCUGGGAUAUGGCUGAUGCUGCAGUGGUGUGUAGAGAGCUGGACUGUGGAGAACCUGUAGAUGCUCUGAGUGCUGCUCAUUUUGGAUCAGGAUCAGGACGAGUCUGGAUGAGUACUUUAUUAUGUACAGGAACAGAGUCUACACUGAAGAAUUGUGGGUCAUCAGGAUGGGGUAAACAUUACUGUGAUCAUAGUGAAGAUGUUGGAGUCAUUUGUUCAGGUGUCAGGCUGGUUGGAGAUUCUCGCUGUUCUGGGAGGUUAGAGAUCCUUCAUAAUCAGACGUGGAUGUCAGUGUGUGAUGCUGUCUUUGACCAGCAGGACGCAGAGGUUGUGUGUAGAGAGCUGGACUGUGGGGCUCCUGUACAGGUGCUGGGAGCAGCUGCUUUUGAGAAAGGAGAUGCUCAGAUGUGGACACAAGAGAUUCAGUGCAGAGGAAAUGAAUCUCAGAUUCGAUUGUGUCCAACUAUACAUGACAUACAGUGCUCUCAAGAAAACAGCCUUGGACUGAUAUGUUCUGAUUUUGAGACUGUAAGGUUGGUUGGUGGUAACAGUCCCUGCAGUGGAAGAGUGGAGGUUCAUCAUCAUGGUCAGUGGGGAACAGUGUGUGGUAAUGAUUGGGAUGAGACUGAUGCUGCAGUGGUGUGUAGAGAGCUGGGAUGUGGAGAACCUCUAGAUGCUCUGUUUGCUGCUCAUUUUGGACCAGGAUCAGGACCAAUCUGGAUGAGUUAUGUGGACUGUAGUGGAUCAGAGUCUACACUGAAGGAUUGUAGAACAAAAGGAUGGGGUGUUCAUGGCGGCUGUUAUCAUCACAGUGAUGCUGGAGUCAUUUGCUCAGGAGUCCGGCUGGUUGGAGGUUCUCGCUGCUCUGGGAGGUUAGAGAUCCUUCAUAAUCAGACGUGGUUGUCAGUGUGUGAUGCUGUCUUUGACCAGCAGGAUGCAGAGGUUGUGUGUAGAGAGCUGGACUGUGGGGCUCCUGUACAGGUGCUGGGAGCAGCUGCUUUUGACAAAGGAGACGCUCAGAUGUGGACACAAGAGAUUCAGUGCAGAGGAAAUGAGUCUCAGAUUCACCUCUGUCCAACAUCACCAUCACAUGAAAACAACUGUUCACAUGACAGUGAUGUUGGUCUUAUAUGUACAGACCGUGUGAAUGUGAGGUUGGUUGGUGGUCACAGUCGCUGUGCUGGUCGAGUGGAGGUUCUUCAUAGAGGUCAGUGGGGAACAGUGUGUGAUGAUGGCUGGGAUAUGACUGAUGCUGCAGUGGUGUGUAGAGAGCUGGACUGUGGAGAACCUGUAGAUGCUCAAUUUGGACGAGGAUCAGGACCAAUCUGGAUGAGUACUUUAUUAUGUACAGGAACAGAGUCUACACUGAAGAAUUGUGGGUCAUCAGGAUGGGGUAAACAUGGCUGUGAUCAUAAUAAAGAUGUUGGAGUCAUUUGUUCAGGUGUCAGACUUGUUGGAGGUUCUCACUGCUCUGGGAGGUUAGAGAUCCUUCAUAAUCAGACGUGGAUGUCAGUGUGUGACGCUGUCUUUGACCAGCAGGAUGCUGAGGUUGUGUGUAGAGAGCUGGACUGUGGGGCUCCUGUACAGGUGCUGGGAGCAGCUGCUUUUGGCAAAGGAGACACUCAGAUGUGGACACAAGAGAUUCAGUGCAGAGGAAAUGAAUCAUUCAUUCGACUGUGUCCAACUUCACAUGACAUACAGUGCUCUCAAGAAAACAAUGUGGGACUAAUAUGUUCUGAUUUUGAGACCGUUAGGUUGGUUGGAGGUAACAGUCCCUGCAGUGGAAGAGUGGAGGUUCAUCAUGAUGGUCAGUGGGGAACAGUGUGUGGUUGGAACUGGGAUAUGGCUGAUGCUGCAGUGGUGUGUAGAGAGAUGGGCUGUGGAGAUCCUUUAGAGGCUUGGAAUAGAGCUAGUUUUGGACAAGGUUCAGGACCAGUCUUGAGUCAAGUGGCCUGUAUUGGAUCAGAGUCCACACUGAAAAACUGUAGAUCAAGUGGAUGGGAUGUUCAUUACUGCAAUCAUCAAUAUGAUGCUGGAGUCAUUUGCUCAGGAACCAUAAACUAUGGACGAUUUACAAGACUUUCUGAUGGACCUCACCUGUGCUCUGGGAGGUUAGAGAUCCUUCAUAAUCAGACGUGGAUGUCAGUGUGUGAUGCUGUCUUUGACCAGCAGGAUGCAGAUGUUGUGUGUAAAUCGCUGGACUGUGGGGCUCCUGUACAGGUGCUGGGAGCAGCUGCUUUUGGCAAAGGAGACACUCAGAUGUGGACACAAGAGAUUCAGUGCAGAGGAUAUGAAUCACACAUUCAAAACUGCCCAUCAUCAGCUUCAAAUAAUAUAAAUUGUACCCAUGACAAUCACUUGGGACUGAUAUGUUCUGGAUACACAGAUCUCAGGCUGGUAAACAGUUCAGACUCUUGUUCUGGAAGAGUAGAGCUUCAGUUCCUCAGUAAAUGGGGCACAGCGUGCGAUGCAUGCUGGGAUAUGAGAGCCGCCAGUGUCCUCUGUGGACAGCUGAAUUGUGGGAUUGCUGUGUCUGUUGUGGGAUCAGACUGGUUUGGAGAGGGAAGUGGUGAAAUCUGGGCUGAUGUGUUUGAU